GACUCUGCACUAUUAAACAGCUGCAGUGCUCCUAUCUCAAGAACAUAAAAAGAACCAUCAAGCCAUCAAAUCCAGAAUAAUAAUAAUCGAGUCUCAUUUUGGAAUGAGAAUUACAUCACCUGCAUCUAACGCAUUUCCUUCAAAUCAAAGCCCUAACUACUCUCAGAAUAGAGUGUAAUACUCGAGUUCUAGGGCUGAUCUUUCUGAUAAGUGAAAUAAAGGUAAUAAUCUAGAUAUGGAGUGACGGAGACAUUUUGAAAUUUAGGGUUUGCCUUUUCUAUCAAAAUUUUUCUUGGGGUCCUUUGAUCAAGGCAAGGACCCUUUGAUUUGAGAUAGAAAAAAAUGAAGGAGUUGAUAGGGAGUCCAGGAACAAUUAGUGGGCUAUUUCUGAGAAUUUCGCAAUGUGCAUUUGCCGCUGCUUCGAUUGGACUUAUGGCCUCUGCCACUGGCUUCUCUAGCUACACUGCUUUCUGCUAUUUGAUUGCAUCGAUGGGGCUUCAAGUUCUGUGGAGCUUUGGACUUGCAUGUCUUGACAUCUAUGCUUUCAGAAGAAAGAGAGAUCUUCUAAACCCUGUCCUAGUGAGCUUGUUUGUUGUAGGUGAUUGGGUGACUGCUAUGUUAUCACUCGCAGCUGCAAGCUCAUCAGCGGGCAUCCUUGUUCUUUAUGCAAGAGACUUGAACUUUUGCAAGUCCCAAGCAUAUCUUCCAUGUAAUAGGUUUGAGAUUUCCGUACUUUUUGCUUUCCUCACUUGGCUUCUUGUUAGCAUAUCAUCUCAUGUGAUGUUCUGGAUCUUAGCAUCUAUCUAGAUAGUAUAACUCAUAUGUCAUUGCUCUGGAGUUAGUGAAUACACAAAUGAUAGUAUCUUAUAUUUCACAUGUAAAAUUUUGUUUCUUCUGUUAACCGUCAAUUUAUGCGGAUUUUCUUUUUCAUUCA